GCGCUCCGUGAAAGAUCUCUUUAAACAUUAAAAGGCAAAAUUUUUUUUUUUUUGUUACCAACUCACUGUGACUUUUGGCAUUUCAAUUUAAGAUAAACAUAAUAUUAAUACUUAACACAUCUUACGUGUUGGAAUAUUUUUAACAUUAUUUAAUAAAUUUAAACGAGUUGUCGUACUAGCAUCCAAUUCUGCCAGAUUAUUGUAAUAUACAUACUACCAGAAUGGACGACAAGGAAUUCCGCGAGUUUGGAAAAGCCAUGGUGGACUACAUUGCCGAUUACACCGAAAAUGUGAGGGAUCGCGAGGUACUGCCACACGUGAAGCCGGGUUAUCUCUGUGAUCUCAUACCCAAAGAGGCCCCCCAGAAAUCGGAGUCGUGGCGUCAAAUUUUGGAUGAUGUUGAAAAGUGCAUCAUGCCCGGAAUGACCCAUUGGAGUUCACCGCACUUCCACGCCUAUUACCCGACGGCCAACUCGUAUCCGGCGGUGGUGGGCGAACUUUUGAGCGCCGGAAUCGGUUGCAUCGGAUUCUCCUGGAUCUGUUCGCCAGCCUGCACAGAGCUGGAAGUCAUCACGAUGGAUUGGCUGGGAAAAAUGCUGGGUCUGCCGGAAGAAUUCCUCAACUCACACGACGGCCCAGGUGGUGGUGUACUGCAAGUAUGCAUCAUUACUAUUGUUAACAUUGUCAUGACUAGGCAUCAAGUGGCCUCUAAUAGUACGCUCGUUUUUAUAAUUUUACAAAGUUGUAAAGUAAAGUGGUAUAACAACGCUUUAAGAACUUUGAAAAAGUUCAUUCAUUUGUAUAAUAUUGAGGCUCAUAAGUUAGCUCAACUGUUUACUUUGGAUGCUAUCACCCAGCUGACACUACAGAUAACACCUACAUUGGUCAUAAAUUACAAGAAAAUCAAUGUAAAAGUAGUUAAAGUAGUCUAA